AUGGUAAUAGAUGAUGAGCCACCAGCAAACUCAGUAGAAACUAUUAGAGAAUGGGCUGAUAAGCGCUCUAAUGGGAAGUUGGAUAUAGAUGAUGAGCCACCACCAGAAUUAGUAGAAACAAUUACAGAAUGGGCAGAUGUGCGCGCUAAUGGGAAGUUGGAUAUAGAUGAUGAGCCUUUGGAUAUAGAUGAUGAGCCACCACCAGUCUCUGUACAAACUAUUAGAGAAUGGGCUGAUGAGCACUCUAAUGGGAAGUUGGACAUAGAUGAGCCACCAGCAGACUCAGUAGAAACUAUUAGAGAAUGGGCUGAUGAGCGCUCUAAUGGGAAGUUGGAUAUAGAUGAUGAGCCACCACCAGACUCAGUAGAGGCUAUUAGAGAAUGGGCUGAUGAGCGCUCUAAUGAGAAGUUGGAUAAAUAUGAUGAGCCACCAGCAGAGUCAGUAGAAACUACUAGAGAAUGGGCUGAUGAGCGCUCUAAUGGGAAGAUGGAUAUAGAUGAUGAGCCACCAACAGACUCAGUAGAAGCUAUUAGAGAAUGA